AUGUUUGGUUUUAAACUUUACAAUUUCCUUAAAGUCUGAUGAUCUGUUGGAAUAGAUACAUUAAAACUUAACAAAUGACUGAGGAUGAGGACCGCCGUGUUUUGUUUGGUGAUGGUAGUAGUUUUGGUUAACAUCACAAAUGGAGAUGUAUCCCACAAGUUGCAGUAUUAUGAAUUCCUACGGAUGUCAGAUAUUGAACGUCGAACUAGACGGGGAGCGGAUCCAAAUCCUGCUUCACAUCUUCACCAGUUCUGGUUCAAAGCAUUUAAAAGGCAUUUUCAUUUAGUUCUCAAACAGUCAAAUAUCAUUCAUCAGAAUUUUAAAGCAAGGACACUGAAUGAAAAAUUAAAAAAGGAAUUCUACAUACCACACACAGACUUUCUCCAAGGUCAUUUGUCAGAUGAUGAAAGCUCACAUGUGGAGGCUCAUUGGGAAGGAGAUGUUUUAUCAGCAAGUAUAACUACAGCAGACGAUACCAUAGUUUUGGAGCCGUCAUGGAGAUUCAUGAAAAAUACAGAGCAGAGAAGCAAUGGUAGCAUGAUUAUAUACAGAAAGUCGGACUUAAUAUCGGAUCCUCAAGAUGGAGCUUUGGGGCAAAGAGUUAAAUUUUGUGGUAACAGUGCAGAAAUGUCAAGAGCAUCUGAUGAAAUUCCUUCAACACCUGAAAAGAUAUUUUUAGAAAAUUAUUAUACAGAUUACAAGCAUCGUAGAUUAAAACGAGAGCCUAAUUUCCUAGGUUCUAAGAAAAUUUGUCGUCUCUUUGUCAUAGCUGAUUAUGAAUUUCAUAAAAAUGUUGGAGGGAGCAACAAGCACACAACAGCAAGAUACAUAAUAGGUAUAAUGAACCGAGUCAACCAGAUAUUCAAGAGAACUAGAUGGCCAGAUGAUAGUUCCAACUUUUAUGAUCUGGGGUUUGAAAUUGCAGAGCUAGAAAUCCAUGAAAAUUAUACAUACCAAGGGGUUCACUACAACAACCCCAACAGAAAGUGGAACACUACCUACCUGCUGCAGGUGUUCAGUCGAGGGACUGCCUUUAAGGACUACUGUCUGGCACACCUGUUCACGUACCACAGAUUCUCUCGUGGGGUGCUGGGUCUGGCCUAUAUAGCAGGGAGGGAGAACAGUCAACCCGGGGGGAUAUGCUCCACAGGCCCUGCCCCUGGGAAAGUUUUCCAGACCCAGGGUUAUAAAACCACAUUCAACACUGGCUGGAGUUCAGCUCAGAACAGUGAAGGAGACAGAGUUCUGUCCCUUGAAGCAGCACUAGUUAUUGCUCACGGUCAUAACUGGGGGAGUGAGCAUGACCCUGACACUCCUGGUUGUGCUCCAGGGGCGGAGCAAGGAGGGAAAUAUCUCAUGUAUCCAUAUUCUGUAAGCGGGUAUGAGCAUAAUAAUCAAAUUUUUUCAUCCUGUAGUAAAAGAUAUAUCUAUAAUGUGAUAAAAGCAAAAGGUCCAGGUUGCUUUACAGAGAGCAAUACUUUAACUGUGUGUGGCAAUGGUCGUAUAGAGGCGAAUGAGGAAUGUGAUGCCGGAUUUAAUGGGGAUCGCUGCUGUACGCCAGACUGCCAAUUACAGAAUGGCGCCCUCUGUAGUCCUAUGAACCAUGAAUGUUGUAAUGAUAAAUGCCGUACUGCAGACAAUAACACUGUUUGUCACGCCUUGCCUGAUAAUCUGGUCACCUGUAAAGGAGUGUCGAAGUGCAAUGGUGUAGAUUUGACUUGCCCAGAGGCUGGGAAUAAGGACGAUGACUCACCGUGUGUGGAUGGGGGAAUGUGUAAGAAUGGAGUAUGUCGGAAUUUUUGUGAGCUACGUGACAAAGUGCCUUGUAUAUGUUCCAAAGAAAGUGGAUAUGCAUGUCACCGCUGUUGUAAAGCAUUAAAUGACACGGAAUGUCUGCCCGAGCCUUCUCUCCUACCCGAGAACCUUCCUAAUGGCAGGCCGUGCUUUCAUGGAGUGUGUGUGGAUGGUGUGUGUGAAAAACAGAAGAAUCAUUUAGUUCAGAGACUAUUCAGCAUUAUAGAUACCAUUACCGUUGAUCAGUUCGUUGAGUUUAUGAAAAGAAAUAUUGUUGGUACCAUUCUUGUGUUCUCUUUGCUGUUGUGGAUUCCAGCUAGCUGUACAUUUAGUCAUUUUGAUAAGAAGAGGGAGAAGCGAUUAAGACACGGCAGAUGGAAAAGUCGUUCAAGGUACACCUUACUAAUGGACUAUUUAGAACCAGAGGACAGGCAGCGAAUAAAACAAGCAGGAAGUUUUCGGAUAAAACACAUUGGUGGAAGCGUGAUCCGCCCCCCUGGGAUCCGGCCAGGACACAUGUACUUAACUCAGUCCAACUUCUCCAAAGAUGUCUUACAGUAUGCGGACGACUUGAAGGAGUCUGCCGUGUAACGUUUAAAUUUAGUGAGGAAGUAAACUUUGUGUAAUAAGAUACCUAAAUCUUUCAAUCUCUGUGUGAUAGGUACUGUAACUACCAGAAGUGCAUUAUUUCAGAUGUAAUUCUCAGUCAAAUCAUAUUUACAAAUGGGUUUUAUUAUUAUUUUUUUUGUUACAGAUUUUAUAUUGUGAUGGGGAACAAAUAUAUUAAUUUUGUAUAUUUUUGCAGAGAGUGCAUAUCUUAUUGAUCCAUUUAAAUCCAGAUUUUAUGUACAUGUACUUUGUUAAAAAAUAUUAUUAAAUAAUUUUCAGUUA